AGUCUUCACUGCUUUACAUCAAAUCAGUUGGGAGAAAAAUAGGAAGAAUUAGUUGCGUUGCAGGGACUAUCCAUCGAUCAAUGAGGAAGCCGGCGGCAGGAGAUCAUCAGGCCUUGAGCUCCGGGAAGGGCGGGGGCGGCGGCAAGCUGAGGAAGGGACUGUGGUCGCCGGAGGAAGACAGCAAGCUGAUGAACUACAUGUUGACCAACGGGCAAGGCUGCUGGAGCGACGUCGCCAGAAAUGCCGGCUUGCAGAGAUGCGGCAAGAGUUGCCGCCUCCGCUGGAUCAACUACUUAAGGCCUGACCUCAAAAGAGGCGCUUUCUCUCCCCAAGAAGAAGAUCUCAUCAUCCAUUUGCAUUCCCUUCUCGGUAACAGGUGGUCGCAGAUUGCAACACGCUUGCCUGGGCGCACCGACAAUGAGAUAAAAAACUUCUGGAACUCCACGAUAAAGAAGAGACUAAAGAACGCUUCAUCGUCCACACCAUCCCCCAACGCCAGCGACUCAUCGAAUUCAGAGCCCUGCCGCCCAGUCGACCUAAUGCAAGGCCUCAUGUCCAUGGGAGAACGCAGCAUGAUGAUGGCCGCCAUGUUCAUGGAAUCCUCUUCCUCCACCGCCUCAGCCAUGGUCAUGGCGCCCCCGCCUCUCAACCAUGGAAACAACCCAUUCCCCAUGUUUGAUCAAGCUCCCAACAUGGCCAAUUCAAAUAAUGGGUUCUUCAACGUCAACCCUCCUGCCACCUUCGUGCCUCCGCCGGUGGGAAUCGGCGGCGAUGACUUUUUUGGGGGCGGAAACAGUCUAAUAACUGGGGGAGAUGGAGACCUGUUUGUUCCUCCUCUAGAAGAGCACAACCGAGCAAAACCUGAAAAUAUUUCGAUCAAUAGGAACACGAUGAAUUAUAACAACAACAACAACAACCACCCCGUAAAUGGUUCAAGCAACAUAGAAACCAUGGCCGGAUUUGAGGCUUGCUGGCAAGGAGAAGAGCUGCUGAAGGUGGGGGAAUGGGAUUUGGAAGAGCUGAUGAGGAACGUUUCCUCCUUCCCUUUUCUUGAUUUCCAAGGUUGAAUAAGUUCAUAGAGUCGACAAGGAUGUAAGAAAAAUAAUGUUUUCCUUGGUUGGUGAACAAAGACAUGGAUCCUUGAAUCUUGGUUCUCCAACCUUGUACUGUAGUGUAAUAAAGAACGUUACUAAUUAAUACACCAAAUAUAUGGUAGCUAGCUAGCUUUAUAGAUAAAAAUACAAAUAUAUAUAAAUAUAUAUAUAUAACUCCGGCCGGGCAUGAUCUGUAAGUACUGUUGUAUCUAUGCCUGUUACUCUCUGAUAUGAUGUUCCUUAGGAAAUUAAACUUGGGGUCCUUCUCCCCCACUACUCUCUCUCUCUGCUAGUGCCUUCU